ACUUACCAUCAAAUGUCACAACAAGAAACUCAAAAGCAAAACCACUGCACGAAAGAUGUGGUGAAAAGAGAUAUCUAAUAUUCUUUUAUCCUUAAUUAGAGGAUCCGAUUUAUUAACUGAAUGAUUAUGCUAGAUUUUCUUUUUCUAAAUAAACCAUACACGACCCAAAUUUAGAUUACUGCCUAUAAAUUAUCAUCUCUCAUCUUAACUCAUCUCGUUAGAACCAUGAAAUUCACAGUUUCCUUAAUUCUCUUGUCUACCCUUUUCAUCUUGUUUGUUAUUUCCACUGCUAAAAACCCCCACGUCAUCAAUUUCCGAUCAACUAAUCUCUACCCGGAAUCAUUCACAUGGGAUCCGAAAUCCCAGCACUUCAUCGUCGGAAGCACACGUAACCACCACAAAAUCAUCUCCGUCUCCGAUGCAGGCGUUGUCGAAACCCUAAUCUCCGACACAUCUCUCCCUCCAAACUCCUCUUUCCUCGGCCUCUCCGUCGACCGCCACAGCAACCGCCUCCUCGCCGUCAUCCACCGCCGUUCUCCUCCCUUCAACGCCGUCGCCUCCUACGACCUCCAAUCUCGCCGCCGCCUUUUCCUCUCUCCUAUCGCAAUGGUCACAGAAGACGCCCUUCAAUCUGCCGUCGCAAAAGACGUUGCUGUAGAUUACGACGGCAAUGCUUACGUCACCGACUCCGUUAAUGACGUCAUCUGGAAAGUUGAUUCCAACGGCGACGUUUCGAUUUUCUCGAAAUCUAAAGCGUUUAAAUCUCAUCCAGUGAAUGUAAUGACUACAGUUGGUUUGAACGGCAUAGUCUAUAACACUAGAGGUUAUUUACUUGUUGUUCAGUCAAAUACGGGGAAACUAUUUAAAGUCAACGUUGAUGACGGAACGGCAAGGACUGUUACGUUAACCAAGGACUUAACGGGAGGUGAAGGGAUAGCCGUUAGAAAAGACGGUGUCGUAUUGGUUGUGAGUAGAGACAAGUUGUAUUUCUUGAAGAGUAAUGAUGGGUGGGGAGAGGGAGGAGUUUUUGACGAAACUGCCCUUGAGGCGGAGCGGUCACCUACAGCUGUGACAGUUGGGGAUGAGAAGAGGGUAUACGUGUUGUAUGGACAUGUAACGGAGGGUGUAAUGGGAAAUGUUGAGAGAGAAGAGUUUAGUAUUGUUGAAGUGGAAUCUGAGGAAGAGAAUUUAGAAGAACCUGUUUGGUUAUAUAUAUUAAUUGGAUUAGGAUUAGCUUAUUUUAUGUUUUGGAGAUUUCAAAUGCAUAAGUUAAUGGAAAGCUUGAACAAGAAAACAGUUUGAUUUUUUCCUUUUUUUUCUUUUUU